UUCUGUGAGUUAAGAAAGAGAGUGUGUGUGUGUGUGUGUGUGUGUGUGUGUGUGUGUGAGAGAGUGUGUGUGUGUGAGUGUGUGUGUGUGUGUGUGUGUGUGAGAGAGAGAGAGAGAGAGGGAGAGAGCGGGAGCGCGCCCCGUCCUCAGUCUUGUGCCGUCACCGGGACCAGACGCACUCGUGCUCCGCGAGUCGCCGCGGCACAUUACGCGCGUGUUUUGUUUUUUUAAACAUUGAUUUGUUUAUUUGUUGAUUGAGUUUAUUGAGUUUCCUGUCCGGGGCUCUCGCUCCGGUGCCAUGGUCUUCUUCCUCUCCUCCCUCUGACGGCGGCGGCGGCUCCUCCUCCGGCUCCUGACCGGAGAAUGAAGCGUCUCUGUCGGCGGCUGGCGGUGGCCGCGGCGGUGCUCGUGUGGCUGGGAGCGCUCGUUUACCUGCUGGCGCUGAGCCGCAGGCGGCUGCCGGAGCUCGGCACCGGACCGGGACCGGGACCCGGACCGGGACCGGGAGGAGGAGAGGCGGCGAACAACCAGAUUUCCGACGCGGAGUGGGACGACAUGCUGGAGGGCUUCGACGAGCGGAGCUACGCCAGCGCGCGGCGCUGGAAGCCCGGCGACGACCCGUACGCGCUGUACGCCUUCAACCAGCGGGAGAGCGAGCGCAUCCCCAGCAACCGAGCCCUGAGGGACACCAGACACUACAGGUGCACCACGCUUCACUACGACGCUGAUCUUCCUCCGACCUCCAUCAUCAUCACCUUCCACAACGAGGCCAGGUCCACGCUGCUGCGCACCAUCAGGAGUGUUUUGAACCGAACGCCGGUUCAUCUCAUCCACGAGAUAAUUCUGGUGGACGACUUCAGCAACGACGACAGUGACUGCCAGCUCCUCACCAAACUGCCCAAAGUCACUUGUCUCCGCAACAACAAGAGAGAAGGUCUGAUCCGGUCCAGAGUGCGAGGGGCCGACGCCGCGAGGGCCGGCGUCCUGACCUUCCUCGACAGCCACUGUGAGGUGAACAAGGACUGGCUGCCGCCGCUCCUGCAGCGGAUCAAACAGGACUCAACCCGCGUGGUCAGCCCGGUUAUCGACAUCAUCAACAUGGACACCUUUGCCUACGUGGCGGCCUCUGCCGAUCUCCGUGGAGGUUUCGAUUGGAGUCUCCAUUUCAAGUGGGAGCAGCUGUCGCCGGAGCAGAAGGCCCGUCGCCUCGACCCCACUCAGCCCAUCAAGACGCCCAUCAUCGCCGGCGGGCUCUUCGUGAUUGACAGGUCCUGGUUCAACCACCUCGGCAAGUACGACACGGCCAUGGACAUCUGGGGCGGGGAGAACUUCGAGAUCUCGUUCCGGGUGUGGCAGUGUGGCGGCAGCCUGGAGAUCCUCCCCUGCAGCCGAGUGGGUCACGUCUUCAGGAAGAAGCACCCGUACGUCUUCCCCGAGGGAAACGCCAACACGUACAUCAAGAACACGCGUCGCACAGCCGAGGUGUGGAUGGACGACUUCCGUCUCUUCUACUACUCCGCCCGGCCUGCGGCUCGAGGGAAGUCCUACGGAGACGUCCGAGGCCGAGUGGAACUCCGCAAGAAGCUCAAGUGCAAAUCCUUUAAGUGGUACUUGGACAACGUUUACCCAGAGCUCAAGGUCCCGGACGACUCGGACUCUCGCUCCGGGGUCGUCAGGCAGAGGCAGAACUGCCUGGAGUCCCGUCGGCUGGAGGGGCAGGAGCUGCCCGUCCUCACGCUGGCGCCCUGCAUCGGGACGGAGGGCGUCGCCGCCAUCAACCAGUGGCUGUACACCCACGGGCAGCAGAUCCGCCAGCAGCAGCACUGUCUGUCCCUGUCCACCACCUUCCCCGCCUCCCAGGUGCUGCUGCUGCCCUGCAACAUGGCCGACGGCAAGCAGCGGUGGCAGAAGUCGGGGACUCACCUGGAGCACCUGGUCUCCCGGUUCUGCCUGGACUCGGAGAUGGCUCUGGACGGCAUGGACUCGUCGCGCAUGCUGGUCAUCAGCCCGUGUGAACUGAGCGCGUACACACAGAGAUGGGAGGUGCCCUUCUCCUGACCUCGCCUGUUGACCUUCUUGACCUGCGAGCAGAGAGAGAGAGAGAGAGAGAGAGAGGGUGACGGACAGAUGCUCAGACAGAGCGGGGUUGCAUGAGCACGUCCUGUCGCGGCGCGACGCCGAGCAGGAAGUGGAUGAGCGCUUCUUCGGUGUCUCGGCGAAAUCAGGUGGAGAACCUCGGCAGGAGGCCGUGAGCUGGUGGACACUCGAACCAAGUGCUCCUUAAAAACCUUCGACUGUCACAAAAGAUUGGAGUUGGAACAGAUGCUUUGCUGGAGGACCGAAGAAGAGGAUGAGUCCUGUGUGGAAUCUUUUUUACGCGUCCGUCGUCCGGGCUGUUUGAGAGUUUGGGAAUGAGGAACCGAGCCGACCGAAAUGUUGAGGUCACUCGGGUCAAAUCUCUUCGCUGUCGGUAAACUGACUCGUCGCUUUCGGUUUUGUCCUUUGUUUUCUUUUCUUCUUCUUCAGACUGAAAACGGAAGCACAAGCGAUCUGUCGCACGUCCUCUAGUUCGAAAAGCUUUUCAAAUUCAUCACACACACACACACACACACACACACACACACACACACACACACACACACACACACACACACACACACACACACACACACGUGUGCGGAAAAGAAGUCAUCUCUCAACCCUGAGGACAAACUGCAGCUCUGGUGGAGAUUUCGCUUUUGAUUUUAGAUCCCAACAGAUCGUAAAAACACACAAUCUACGUCAUUUUGCAAUUAUUAUUAUUAUUAUCAUUAUUGUUUUUCUUCAAAUGAUUGAUUCCUAAUUUCAGAACUGUGUCCCGUGUGCUUGACAUCUUUGAUAUCCCGUUUGACUCCUGAAUAAAGGUUUUGUAAUGGCUCUUUCUA